CCGUCACAUACGACUGCUGUUCAUCUUUAGCAACAUAAAGCAGUAUACUAAAAAAGAGGUUUUUUUUCUUCUCUUUUUUUUUUUCUCUUUCUAAAAAAUAGAUUUUCAUUAAAAAUUUGUGAUGCCUAAUUACAGUAAAAAAGGGAAUAGAGGAGGCAAUGGUAGAGGUAGAGGCAAUGGUCGAGGGAAUGGCAGAGGCAAUGGUAGAGGAAGAAAUGGUAGAGGUGGAGGAGGCAGAGGCCGUAAUAGAACUCUGAUCCCUACUUCCCUAGGCUAUGUUUACAAGCUAGAAUCUAAUGUGGACGAUUUUGAUGAUGAUUUUAGAAUAUAUGGUCAAUUCGGUAGUGAUGAAGAAAAUUCAGAAACUGAGACAAUGCAAUGCAAAUAUAAAGGAAAAAACAAAAAGAAUAAAAAGAGAAAUAAUCAAGUGAAUCAGCAUUUGCGUAAACCCUUAUAUGAUAACCAAAAUGAAGAUGCCUCUAGAAGUUUUGGCAUAUCAUCUUCUGCUUCCGCAGUAAAUUUUGGUAGUACAAAAGGAAAAUCAAAAUAUUUGAAAAAGGUAUUGUUUACAAGGUCAUCUUCUUCCUUAGAUCUAAGUAAUAAAGAGAUUGAGCAGGAUGAUAUAAAUGAAGAAGAGACUAUUAGUAACAAUUUAUCAAAUUUAUCAUUAAAUGAAAACGAAAAGAGGGCAGCUGAAAAUGAAUUACAGAGCUUAUUAAGCAUAAACAACAAUAAGACUAAGUCUAAGCUUGUAUAUACCGAGACUAUUGAUUAUAGUGAACAAAUAGAAAAUGAUAGUUCAGAAGAAAACAGUGAUUUGGAGGAAAGUGAAUAUGACGAUGAUCAAGAAAGUGACAUAGAUCAUUAUAGUACAGAUAAUGAUUUAUUGGAAGAAGAUAUGCUUAUUAUGAGAGAUUAUAUUGAAAAUAUUGAAAUGGAAGAAGGUGAAGAUUUGAAUGAUCUCCUAACUUGGUCUGUAGAAAAUAAUAUUAAUUUAGAAGAUGACCUUGAUGAAGAAGAAAUAUAUGAUUAUUCUAUGCUUGAUAACCAUCUCCUCUCUUCUUCAUCUGAAGAUGAUCUUAUUGAAGAAGAAGAACAACAUAUUACAAAGAGUAAAAAGAAAAAGGAAAAACAACCUACAAAAGAAAACUCCAAUGUUAAUAAGACACAAAAUAAUGAAUAUAACACAUUGGUUGAUCCUGAGAUAUUCGGACAAACAUUAAAGGCAGCUUUAGCAGAUGUUCCACCUGGAUUAAAGCCUGGUAUGAGAAGAUGGUAUGAAAAGCAGCAACGUAAGGAACUUCGCAAAAAACAAAAACAAGAAGCCAAAAAACAAAGGAAAAAUAAAAACAAAAAUAAAAAAGGAAACAGCAAAUAUCAAGGUGAUAAAGAAGAAUUAACGAAUCAAAUCUUGAAAAUAGACGAGCGUAUUCGUGAAUUUAUUCAAGAUGAAAGUAUUUCAAGUCUUCAAUUUAGUCCUAUGCCUAGUAAAGUUCGGAAGCAAAUUCAUAUCAUUGCAAACUUUUAUAAAGUCAAAUCUCAAAGUUUUGGUGUUGGCGACUCUAGGUGUACUGUUAUCACUAAAACUCAGAACACUUGUAUACCGAAAGAUCGAAGCAAUCUAAAUCGUUAUCUUUUAACUGUACAAUCAAAUAUAAAUGAUAGAAAUAGAAUUGCUGCAAAAUAUCAAACAAAGGAAAAAAUAAGUAAAUAUCAACAAAAGAAUAAUAGUGGUGGAACAAGUAUAGUUCAAAAGAAACAAUCACAAACUCGCAUAUUUCAUGGAACAGUUGUCGCUUCUGAUGCUGCGCCUAUUGAUGAAAAUAAUGUUGGACAUCGAAUGCUUGCAGCUAUGGGAUGGAAACAAGGUGAAGCAUUGGGAUCUAAAGGUGAUGGUAUUAUUGCGCCUAUCGAAGCAAUUAUUCGAGGAAAGAAUAGAGGUCUUGGAACAUAAAAUAAAAAAAAAAAAUUAAUUCCAAAGUUGCUUUCCAAGUUUUCGUUUUUCUGCUUUUGCCACUGCUGCUUCAAUUUUCUUUUCUUCUUU